CGCACAUUAUUAUUAGGCUAAUAGGUGACACGAACCUGAGUGGUUAGAUCAUGGAAGCCUGGUUGGUGCAUGUGCAGUGUAUAUAUAAAAGGAAGGGUCUUUGAAUCUUGAGCCCCUCAUUCUUCGGCGAAAUACCUUUCUCUCUUCUUCCUCUUCUUCUUCUUCUGCAUCUUUCUUUUACAAGAGGACUGCAAGGCGAUCCAUUUUAUAGCAUAUAAAAAUGGUGAAGAUUUGUUGUAUUGGAGCUGGCUAUGUUGGUGGCCCUACCAUGGCUGUGAUUGCACUAAAGUGUCCAGAAAUUGAAGUAGCUGUAGUUGACAUUUCUGUGGUACGAAUCAAUGCCUGGAAUAGUGACCAACUCCCCAUUUAUGAGCCAGGCCUUGAUGAUGUGGUGAAGGAGCGACGAGGAAAAAACCUUUUCUUUAGCACUGAUGUUGAGAAGCAUGUUUCGGAGGCUGAUAUCGUCUUUGUAUCAGUUAACACCCCAACCAAAACCCAAGGUCUCGGAGCUGGUAAAGCAGCUGACUUGACUUAUUGGGAGAGUGCUGCUAGAAUGAUUGCAGAUGUGUCAAAAUCGGACAAAAUUGUUGUCGAGAAAUCAACAGUUCCUGUGAAAACAGCUGAGGCAAUUGAAAAGAUUUUGAUGCACAACAGCAAAGGUAUCAACUUUCAGAUUCUCUCUAACCCGGAGUUCCUUGCUGAGGGAACUGCCAUCGAAGACCUUUUCAAGCCAGACCGUGUUCUUAUUGGUGGUAGGGAGACUCCAGAAGGACAAAAAGCAAUUCAAGCACUGAAAGACGUUUAUGCCCAUUGGGUCCCUGUGGAACAGAUCAUAUGCACCAAUCUCUGGUCUGCCGAGCUCUCGAAACUCGCUGCAAAUGCCUUUUUGGCACAAAGGAUUUCCUCUGUGAAUGCUAUGUCAGCUCUGUGUGAGGCCACCGGUGCAGAUGUAACCCAAGUGUCACAUGCUGUUGGUAAGGACACAAGAAUCGGGCCUAAGUUCUUGAAUGCCAGCGUAGGAUUUGGUGGAUCUUGUUUCCAGAAAGAUAUCUUGAACUUGGUCUAUAUUUGUGAGUGCAAUGGCCUUCCUGAGGUUGCAAAUUACUGGAAACAGGUUAUUAAGGUGAAUGACUACCAAAAGAAUCGUUUCGUGAAUCGGGUGGUUUCUUCUAUGUUUAACACAGUUUCAGGUAAGAAAAUUGCAAUUUUGGGAUUUGCUUUUAAGAAAGACACAGGUGAUACGAGGGAGACCCCAGCUAUUGAUGUUUGUAACGGCUUGUUGGGUGACAAAGCACAAUUGAGCAUCUAUGACCCACAGGUUUCGCAUGACCAGAUUCAGAGGGAUCUCUCUAUGAAGAAAUUUGAUUGGGAUCAUCCCAUUCAUCUCCAGCCAAUGAGCCCGUCAACAGUCAAGCAAGUUAGUCAUGCUUGGGAUCCUUAUGAGGCAACAAAAGGUGCUCACGGUAUCUGCAUCUUGACCGAGUGGGAUGAGUUCAAAUCUCUUGAUUAUCAGAAGAUUUAUGAUAACAUGCAGAAGCCUGCAUUUGUAUUUGAUGGGCGAAAUGUCGUGGAUGCUGAUAAACUGAGGAGGAUCGGGUUUAUUGUUUAUGCCAUUGGUAAGCCACUUGAUCCAUGGCUGAAGGACAUGCCUGCUAUUGCAUAAAUUCCUAACUGCACGACAUGAAAUGGCUCGUGACCAGUUGUCUUGUAUAAGUUUUUAUGGUUUUUUUUUUUUCCCGAUCUUUGGUCUUUAGCUUAUGCUGUUAUUUUGCAAUUCAGUUGAUUAUUAUUUUGUAAGGAAUCCGAUAACACAAUCAUGUUCGGAUCCUCUUGAUUAGGAGCAGAUCUGAGUGUGAUGUUCUUUUUGGUUUUAUGUAAUAAAAGCAGAAACUUGAGAAAUUAUACUA